UGUAUUCCCUUUUAUGUUAUCCUUGCUUUGUGGUGUAUAAACUGUACAGCUGUUCGUAAGGGAAGAGGGGAGGCAUGCAGUGAGAUGGAGGAACAAGAGCUGGACCCCUAUGAGAAGCAACUUCUCGUGGAGUUCGAGAGCUGCGACGAAGCCCGCGAGGGAAGCCUGGACCUCAGCGGACUGCAGCAGCUGUGCGACAAGUUGCAACUCGACGAUCAUGGCCAGGAGCUGAUGGCUUACAUCGUCGGCUGCCAGUUCACCGAGCCGAAUAAAAGAAUAACAUUCCAAGAGUUCCGAGCUGGUCUGCUGGCGUUCUUAGAAGAAUCACAGAAUGUAAUGAAAACUACAAAAGAAAUCUCUGGAAGAGGAUCGCCAGAUAGGGAAGUUUCCCCAAAAUUUGUGUUUGGCAAGAAGAAAUACGGCCGCAGAUCUCGACCUGAGAGUGCUGAGUUCGAUGAGCAAGAUGACGACGGUGAGGACUCAGACCUGGAGUUGGUCGUGUCCAUCGACGGAGAACAUCAAGAAGUGUUCAUGAGGCCGAGGCAGGAGCGGAAUGAAGCGCGUCUGCAGCAGGAUGAGAUAGUGAACCUGGGAGGUGACUCUGCCAACAACUGCGACCUCCCCAGACAGCCAGCAGGGCAGGCGUGGAGCUGCGGAGUCGCAGGCGACGGCGGCGAGGCGGAGGGACUGCGAGCCGCCUGCGCGAGGCUGGGCGUGGGGCACGAUGGCUUCCUGGACGACAAGGAGCUGGCUCGUGUGUGCCAGGCCGUCGGCAUGGAGUCGCUGGCCGGAGAGAUCGUGAGGGAGCUGUUCGAGAAGCUGAACGUGGACAGCAGAGGGCGCAUCAGCCUGGAGGAGUGUCUGGUGCUACUGCGAGGCGGGGGAGCCCCCUCCCCGGCGCACCGCGGGCUGCAGCGGUCCCAAGAGCUGUCCCGGGCCCCCGAGCCGGGGGGGACGCUCGGUGACCCCGCGGAGAAGGACUCGCAGUGCGCGGAUCUCAGCGCGAUGAGCGUGCGCGCGGUGGAGGAGCUGUGGGAGGCGGCGAGCGUGCCCGGGGCGCGCCGCCUGCUGCGGGACCUGGGCUACCACGGCGCGGCGCAGUCCGGCGCGGUGAGCGUGCCGGAGCUGGGGGCCGCGCUGGAGGAGGAGCUGAGGCAGCCGGGCGGCCCCCGGGAGGCGCUGCUGCAGGCCGCGCUGUGUCUGUGCCGGGCCGAGGCGCGCGGCCUCAGGUCGCGCGUGGAGCAGGUGACGGCGGAGCGCGACAAGCUGCGCGCGGACAUUGUGGAGGCCAACGAGCGCGCGGCGCUGCUGGCGCAGGAGGUGGACGACCACCACGCACGGCUGCAGGAGGCCGCCCGGCUGCAGGUCAGGUUGCUGGAGCAGCGACACGCACAGGCCACCAAGGAGCUGGCGGAGCAGAUGGGCGCGGAGCGGGAGCAGCUGGCCGCGCAGAACGCACGGCUGGAGCGCCAGCUCUCGCUGCUGCAGGAGGAGGACGCCCGCCUGCGCGCCGAGCUCGCCGCGUCGCGCUCCGUGCGUCCAUCCCUCUCCCUCUCCGUGCUGUUACUGCUGGAGAACGAGGGUCUGGAGCGAGAGAACCAGAGCUUGCAGGAGCAGCUGAGCGACGCCCGGCUGCAAGCACAGAAGCACGCGGCCUCGCUGCAGGGGAUGCAGCACUGGGCCAGCGAGCUGGAGCGCCGCCAGCAGCAGGAGCAGGUGCUGCCUCUGCUGGAGCAGGUGCAGCAGCUGCAGGCGGAGAACAUGCAGCUGCGCGACCAGUGCGACGAGCUGAGCAGCAAGUGCGAGACCCUCGCCGCCCGGGCCAGCAGGUCUGUGGGCGUGCAGGCGGGCGGAGACUGGGACCCCGCGGAGGAGAGCUCCGGAGGGGGCACCAAGAGGCGGGGCCGCUCCCCGGGGGAGCCGAGGGCGUCGGCCGUCGCGGGGGACGGGGAAGGCGCCACUCCCCGCGUGGGGAAGAUACGCAGGUGCUGCAACGGUGACUCUGCUGUGGACGUGCUCUCCGUCCCUGGGACUGCAGGUCUGGCGCGGGAGGCCGUGGUCGGUGCUGGCACGGACGCCGGCCUCACCGCGGGGGACACUUCGCAGAGCUCGGCGCAGGGCGACGCCAGCGAGGUGGCGAGACUGCACCUGCGUAUCUCGUGCCUGGAGCAGGAGCUGGAGAGGGUGAGCGGCUCGCCGGCGGCGUCCGCGGAGCAGGAACCUCGCUCGGGGCCAGCCGCGGGAGAGACCGGCGAGACGGCACCGGCGACGCAGCUCGUGAAGGGCCAGUUGAAGCAGGUGUUGGGGGUGGUUCGAGACGAGGAGGAGACGGAGGGUGAGGUAGACACGGCGGCGCGGUGCCGCGCGCUGGAGCGCAGCCUGGAGCUGCUGCGGCUGGAAUACGAGCGCUGCGAGGACUACUGGGCGGGCAAGCUGGAGGAGGAGCGCCGGCUGAGCGAGCAGGAGCAGGCGGCCGGCGACGACAAGCUGGCGGAGCUGCUGGCCAGGAUCCGGGAGUACGAGGAGACCUGGGGCCCGCGGGACGGCCGCAGCGAGGACAGCGGGGAGGACCGCCUGUCCACCGUGGAGGAGCGCGCCAGCCUCGAGAGACAGGUGACGGAGCUGGAGGAGGAGUGCGAGGAGUUGCGGCAGAGGGCGGAGCACGAGCGCGCGCGGCGCGGCGAGGAGAUGGCGCGGCUCUCCCUGCAGCUGCAGCAGCUGGAGCAGCGUGCCGCAUCUGCAGCUGGAGGUGCCGGGCGGGACGUGGCGGUGCAGGUGGCAGGCCUGGAGAGCUGCGGCUGGGAGAGCCAGCGCUCGCUCGUGGUGGAGCUGGACUCCGGGAAGCCGUGUCUCCCCGCCGCGGAGGACGCCGAGGAUCUCUCGGACGGCCGUGGCAGCGGCUCGAGCCGCGAGGAGGACGCGCGGCGGCUGAGAGAGCUGCGCGCGCGCCUGGCCGAGGACUGCCACGCCCUGCUGCGCAGGAAGGACGCGCUGGAGCACCGGCUCAUGCUGCUGGAGCACGGCGCCUUCCCCCCCCGCGCGCCGAAGGCGGCGACCGCGAGAGGCCAGGCGUUCCAGGCGGACCGGGCCGUGCUGCAAGCCCUCGACGCCCGCCUGCGGAAACAGGAGCAGCAGUGCCGCCAACUGCAGAGCUCGCUCAAGAAGCAGCAGCAACACAGCCACGCGCUUCUGACGAGCGUGCGGCGGCAGCACGAGGAGGAGGUGUCGGAGCUGCGCGCGGUUCUUCACUCCGCGCAGGAUCAGCUGCAGCACGGCACCCAGCAGCUGGUGGAGCGCCUGGUGCAGGCUGACGUGCUGGUGAGGGACCUAUACGUGGAGAAUGCGCACCUCGCAGCUAGCGUGCAGCGACUGGAGCAGCGCUGCCACGUGUUCGUGCAGAUGUCGUCCGACUCGAGCUCGGUGUGACCUGUCGAGCACUCUCGGUCUCUCGGGGGCCACCGUGUGAGUAACGACGGUUAUCAACGACAUGGAAUAUCUGCUUCUGUAGUGUGUAAAGUUGUUUAACUUUGUUCUCUUUAAAAGAUGUGUUCUGUUUUUUAUAUUUAUGUUUAUUUAUUUAUCUGUAAGAAACCGGUAUUCAUAAUCAUUAUUACAAAAAAAAAUAACAUCAAAGAGAAUAAUUAUUGCUUUGCAAGUUUUUGCAACCUAAGUUGUCAUAGGUUUUUGUGCAUUUUUUGAAAUCAGAUUUCACGUUGGUUUAUGUGAUAUUUUUAUUUCAACCAGUGGUUAGAAAUUUCUUCAAGAACUCUGUUUUGGUUUAAUAGUAGGUACUAUAUUGUGGUACUUAUCAAAGAUGAAGUGAUUGGAAUAUUUAAACAAUCUCGAAGCCAAGAGAAAGUAAUUUUUCUGACAACUUGCAAACUUUGUUAUGUACUGAAAACACUACCAUUCCUGGUGUCCUUAGGUAGAUACCAUAUGUACUCGAAUAUAGGACACCAUCAUUUCUAAAUGUGUCCCUCUUGAUUGAUUGAUUGAUUAAUUAAUUACAAUAUUGCUUUCUACACAUACUGGUAAGUAACCACAGUCAUAAGUGGUAUGCAAAAUUCAGGUUUUUGUCCUGUUGAUGUGACACAUUUGGCACUUUUCAGUUCACUCAUUGGUUUGUUGGCCGCAGCUCUUGUUGGGUGUCGUCACACCACGUUCUGUCACUGUCAUGACCCAGGCUUAUCCAGAAUUGUCACAUAGAGAAAGGUUAUAUACCUACUUAUUUUUGUCCAGUUGACCGCAAAAUGAUAACAUGAAUUUUGCACAUCAUAGUCAAUAAUGCCAAUAAAGUAAGUAUGCACAAUUUUUUUAAAAGAGUAUACUGUGAUACAUAUACAAUUAUGACUACCUUUGAAGUAAUUGUAAGAUACUAGCAGUAUAGAAAUUAUAUUAUAUUGUUGUGUAUAUAGUGUCCAUUUUAAUUUUAUCCCUGAAAAUAUAUUUUUUUAGAUGUGUUUAGUAGUGUAUGAUUUCAUUUAGUUAUUUGUCUGUAAUAAACAAAGAUUAUUACAAAAUAUGAUUAGUGCCAGGUUUACCUAAAUAGAGGCUUGACGUAGAUUCUGAGCUGUUACUUCUUCACUUGUCAUGUAACGUAACACAAGUACAGGUCCCUCACACAAAUAUUGUAACAUUGUCAGAAAAGUAUGUGAUGGAUUCAAAACAUUCGUAAGUAAAGUGAUACACGCAGAUAGAUGUAAGGUCUGUAAUGUAUGAACUUUAAUUAAUUCAGAGUUGAAAUUCGAAAGUAGUAUGGUGUAUAAGCAUGUUUAUUUUUAAUGUACGUUAUGUGUGCCAAAGAACUUAUUUACCAUUUUAAUGUAUUCUACAAUAUUUUUAACUUCAAAUUGUAACAGUCCAUAAAGUGCUGUUCUAAGACAGUGUUAUGUUACUGUCCCGUACAAGUAACCAGUGAACACAAAAAUUUUGCUGGCUGCUGAUAGUGUUUUUCUUUCACUCCCAAUUAUUAUUACUCUUGAUACUUUGCCAGGGAAUUUUGAUGAUUUUCUUGCAAAAAAAAAGUAUAGAGUUUGAAAAUAAAUAUUUGACGAUUCAUUAUUUCUUACAAGAAAUUUAUGACGCCAGUUCAUAACUAAGAAAGUUUACAUCUCAGAAAUUGGUUGAGGCAUCGCCAGAAGCGCGAUAAAGUUUUGGUCAACUUCUCAGUGACGACUUGACGGUAGUGACAGAAGAGUCCUCUUCAUGCCACAAGAAGGAGCUGGACUUGUGGUCCAAUCACAGAGCACCUUUCAACUACAGCCAGUAACAAUGCACUUUACAAUACUAUCACUUCCCAAGAUUCGUUGUGAUUUCCUUGCCAUGUGGUACUUCCUAUGUCUUUGUCUCUCUCACACAGACUGAUGAGUGAUAACAGACUUGAUAACUACUGGAAAUAAUCGUAAUUUCCAUGCUCAAGUCUCAACUGUCUCUCUCUCUCUUUCUCUGUCUCUCUCUCUUAUUGUUGGAAUUUCACAAUACUAUAAAGGCUAGUGUCAGUUUAGUCGAAGACCUUACUACCAGUAAAGUUACACUAAAAUCAGGCCUGUGCAAUUAUUGAAAUUUUAGAAUAUCAAAACAAAUAUUUGGUCGUUCGCGAAUAGGACUGCGCGGGAGCAUAAAAAUUAGGAAAAAAUUCAUGAUCACUGAUGUUUUUCUAGAUGGGCGGUUCCAACAUUUCUACAGGAUUUUUGCAAUAUUUUAGGGUUAUUUAGUGGAGAUUUUUCCCACUACAUCCAACCACGUAAAUUUUGAGAAGACUAACAUAGAAGUGCACAAUUUAACACAGUAUAAUUUGGAACCAUUACUAACACAUUAUCUGUUAAUGUAUUUUACGGAGAUGAGAGUUCAUCAGGUCAUUAAAAAUAGAUUAAAACUAUCAGCAUACUGAUUAGAAUAAAUACCCAAAAAAUCACACAACGCAGAUAGGUAGGUAGGGUAGAAACACUGCAUGCCAGCUCUGUGAUUAGUUUCAUUCAGAACGUAGCGGCGAAGAGAAACUUGUAUGGAUCUCGUGGAAAACAUCUCGUCGCAUACUCACAGCUAAGACACUUAAGCCCUAACAAUCUUUGACAACGUUUUUCUGGUGGAUAAUACACAGUGAACGACCGGAUACAGGCCCACACUCACACACACACACACACACUCCUAGAGCAGUGACAGCUCAGGCAAAUUACCUUCUCCCGCUUGGCCCAAAAAAAAUUUUCACCCUAGGAGGAGGGUAAAAAAGUCCACCUCUUUUACUCAUGCACACAUACACUGGGUGGCAAGAAAAUACUUGCCUAUACCUGCCGCACAAGUGUGCAGUGAGAGACUUCUCGCACCAGCAACAUUGUGACUUGUAGAAGAGUCUCUACUCCCCGAAAAUGUAGAGCAUCUUGUGUUUCUCCACAAAGAUUUUAAUUAGUUUAUAUGCAGUGAUGUGAUAGACUUUUAUUUAAAUAUAAAUAAUCCAAAAUUUUUGAUGCUAAAGAUUUCCAAAUUCUACGUAGGUUGUAUCACUAAGUAAAUAUGUAUACAUGUUACGUUGUAAUGUGGUGUGAUGAAAAAAUGUUUAUAUGAGAUUCCAGUUAUCUCGUUAUUCCAGUUAUUCUUAAUUGAGAAUAAUUUGGUAUUCGUAUUCGAAUUCGAUUCGAAAUAAAAAAAACUGAUAUUUGCACAGGCAUAACAGAAAUACAUUCAGUAUUUUUCAAGUGAUGUUGAAUAAAGCAGGCGACCAAAUAGACAUAAAUUUAAAAAAAAAAAACUAUGUAUUUAAGUUCACAAUAAUGUAAACAUCCAAUUCAUAUUGUCACAGCGAGACUGACUACAACAGAUACUUUCUUGUAAUGCUCACGUGCUGGCUGGAGGUUCAAUGCAAGUGACCAAUUUUAAAUAUGCCCAGCAGUAUAACCAGCACAUCACCGCUGUAUCUGGUGUGCUUUGAACUUUCAAUACUUAUAAGGAAACUGUCGGGAUUAAAGUGUGUCGUAAAAUAAACUAACAUUAAAGAUAUAAAUUGCCAUUGGUGUAGGUGUGUCAGAUUCUGUCUAGUUUUGAACUGACAUAAUAAACAUGUCUGCUAUCUAAUCUACUGACAAAUACAAUUCUGAUAUUUCUGAGUGGCUCCAAAUUUAUAUUCUAAUGCCAGUGAUAAUAAACAGUUAUGUUUGGCUCUAAACAAUUAAUGUAUUCUUUCAAAAUCGUGUUUGAACAAAAAAUCAUAUGCAAAUAAACAGCUGGUAAAUUAUAGUUAUUCAACGGUCAAAACAAUAACUUUUAAGGUAAUCGUGCAAAACUAGAUACGAAUGUAACUUAAAUUUUUACGUUAGUUUGUGAGCCAACCCUUUAUUGAUGUUACGAGCCAAUAUUGAUGACGUGAUAUGUCUCUAGGUAUGAUAGAUGUCAGUCGAGACAGAACACACACAAAUCCCAAGUGACUAGCUGCUACGCGAUGGCAGAGAAGAUUCUCUGCUUCCUUCAGAUCUCUGGGUAGUCUCUCCGACGGCAGUAACUUAACCGGGAGCUGCAAAGAACAACUACUGCUAUGGAUGCUGGAACUGGAACAACGUCAGUAAUCAACGAUAUCUGUGGCUCCUGAAAAGUCCUAAGACCUGGAAUAGUCUUUACCAUGGAUGAUCUAGCAGGCACCAAGCUCAGCAACACAGUCAUCUCGUCGUAUUCAGAAACGAUUGCGACAGACGCGUAGACUUAUUGGGACGUCGAUACUCCCUAAUUCUGAUACCAGAAAAAUCAGAAUAUCCUACAACUAGCACUUGGCCGAUGACUGUAAGCUAAAUCGCGGCAGUCGCGUGUCUUCAGAUCUCCCGCGCGGGCCCCGAGUAUUCGACCAGCCACACACGCGAGGAGACAACUUCUUCUAGUGAUGGCGUCUUUCAGUUUCCUUCUAUUCUAAUUUCGAAGCCCUCCUAAACUUGGUUUGUUGUAGCAACCAAGGCACAAGGAAACUAUGAAAAGUAUUUCCAACUGGAGUUAAUGGAACUCGUGGAAAGAGAAAAUAACUAUGAAAUGUGUGUCUGGUGCAUAUAUAAGUUUAGAAACGGAAUAACAACUUCAAA